UUCUUGCGGUGUAGUCCCGGAGGCAAAAUGAACGCACGAAACCUCCCCCUGGUGAUCCUGCUGGUGUCUUGGGCCGUCAUGUCCUGCGAAGCCUCUCUGUCCGUUGGUGGCUUAGUGGGUGGCAUGUCGAUUCUGAAGGGCGCGGCGCUGGUCGAUUACGCGGUAGGGCGUCACCGGCGGUACAACAGACGGCACUAUCACGGCCGUCCUCGAUAUCACGGAGGUUAUAGCGGGAGAAGACACUAUCGCUACGGCCGUUCCGUCGACCCCGACACCGAACAAGACGCCGAUGAAGGCAAGAACAUGCUCCUGUCCACCGUGGGGCAACUCGACCCCGACGGCUGCAUCCUCAAGAUGCUCUGCAACCUCCAGACGAGGAGUCCCUCCAGCCUCACGCCAGAGGAGGACCUCAUCGUCGACAUGUUCUCCAACAACACUGAGACCAUGUCCUCCUACAACGCCGCCUUCGUCUACGCCACGGACGUCGGCACAAAAGACUCCGUCCGUCUGCAACAAGCUGUUCCCCAAAUGUUCCCUCAGCGAACAGCAGCUGAGCGGCCUCCUUCGGAGAACGUUGAACGCGAGGAGGACUUCAGUGCCACGCCGCCCAUGGAACAACUCAUGGGCGAGGAAAGACCUGUCGAUGAGGAGCCUCGACAGGAACAACAAAUCUUUGACGAAGAUGAUGAGUUGCCCCGAAAUGACAAAAUGUCCAUGGAAGAACUGGUGUCCCUAAUUAUGGAAUAA